AUGAGCAUAGAAGACGGAGACGAUCCGUCAUGCUACAUGGUUCAGGAGACAACGUUCGAUUACGAGUAUGAUGCGUCAUUCGAUUGGGAGAAUAUGACGGCGGGCAGUUGUAAUUGUACACAUCCGUUGCAUAAGUUUUUGGAGGUCUGUAUCACGAAAUGCCACGUCACCGACGACACCGUCUUCUUCUCAAUGACCGACGAGGAGCUCUUCGAGAUCGCCCUCCCCGGAUUCCUCUAUUUGACUGUUUUUCUAGUUGGAACUAUAGGAAAUUCUAUGGUAAUCUUCGUUGUAAAUCGCUUCAAACGAAUGCGAAAUGUUACAAACGUAUUUCUGGCUUCGUUGAGUACCGCCGACUUGUGUCUCAUCUGGUUCUGUGUGCCUAUAAUGUUUAUGAAGUACAUGUCGCAUACGUGGUCGAUGGGACGGUUCGCGUGUUAUUCUGUGCAUUACAUUCAACAGUUUACAUGCUUCUGCUCGGUUCUCACAAUGACUAUGAUCAGUUUUGAGAGAUUCCUGGCCAUCGCCUACCCAAUGCGAAACAUCUGGUUCUCCUCCAUCGGCCGUGCUAAAAAAGUGAUUCUCCUCAUCUGGAUGCUAUCCGCUCUGCUAGCAGUUCCAACCGCCGUUCGAAUGGAUUACGAGACGAAUCUAUCACUAUCCGGACAGAGAGUUCAUUGGUGUCGACGGAGGUUCCCAACACAAUUCUUAGGAUAUCCAAGGACUUCUUUGAAUAAGGCAUAUGCUAUGUAUCAGUUACUCCUUCUAAUCAUCUUCCCAGUGCUCACCAUGUCGAUAUGUUAUGCACGUGUCUCUGCAAUAGUGUACAAGUCCUCAAAAGAUCGUGUUAUCUUGUCGCAGGCUAUGGUGGCGUUCUCCAAAGCAGCCACCGACGCCGUCACAUUCUCCGGCUACUCGGCCAUCCCAAUGAUCACCACUUCUCGUAACUUGAAAACCGCCAACACCACAAUCAAGUCAUACAGUAACCACCGGAAUAACAGGGUUGCCGAGGCGAAUAAGAAGCAGAUUGUCCAAAUGCUCAUCUCCAUCGUCUGCAUGUACACCGUGUGCUGGCUGCCUACCAUAGUCGACGAGCUCCUCACAUCCUUCGGUUACAUCUGUCGAACUUCCAAUACUCAGACCCUAAAACACAUGAGAAUGGGUUUUAAUGCGUUGACUUACUGUCAAUCGUGCAUCAACCCUAUCCUUUAUGCAUUUAUUUCUCAAAACUUCCGGUCGACAUUCAAGACUGCGUAUUCCAGAAUGAAACAUCGCUUGCAGGGCGUUGAAGAAAUGCGGUCUCGGAUGGGUUCCUGCUCUUCUGCUAGCAUGAUGUCCACUCGUAACCAACAUAGAAUAUAUGGAUCCAGUUUCAAUACGUUGACUGUCCCCGGACGGUCUAUGAUUACACCGAAUAUGUCUAGGGACGUUUCGCAACUGUCUCUGUGCCGUCCGACAUCACAAAUGUCAUUCUGCCGGCCGAAAAGUCCAAUUGCCGCUGAUUCGCCGUCGACUUUUAUGAGGUAA